UUGCUGCCGGAAGGCGGCGUCUCCUGUGCGUUUUGUGUGAUGGCGGGUUGUCAUGGUGACAGCGGCAGUGGCCGUCAUUGAUCCAGAUCUGCGGUGAUCAGUUAUUGUUUAUCUCGUGGUUACGCUGCAGCUCCGUCAUUUCUUUGUGUCUGAGCGGAGCCGGUGGAGGUUCGGGUCGUUCACCGGCGCUGCUCGCUGCGCUUCGGGGCGGGCGGGGUCGGAUCCUUCACUUCCACGUCACUCGGUUGUCUGUUGUCCAUGCCUCUGCCGGAGGGCGGAGCUAAUCGAUCCGGAGCGGAGACCGUUUGAUCAUCAGUCACGUGACUUCUAGUGACGCUCUGACUGGCUGGUGUGGGUCAUGUGACUUAGUGACACGUUGUCAUAGAGACUAACCCCACCCAAAACGUCGACUGCGCUGCUCCAGCUCCAGAAACGAGUGCUCUCCUAGAUGUGUCGGUAGGCGGGGCCUAAGCUACGAGCAGGGACGGGAUUAGCCGAAUGCGGCGGCAGCGGGCUGCGCUCUGAUUGGUCAGAAGUACAGAGAAGAUCUGUCUAUCAGACUCAAGCCCCGCCCCCUACACAGACGGCGGAGCGCUCCGGACCGGGACCAGAACCUCCGGACUUUGUGGCUUAGAGUGAGAGAGACUGACCCGGAUCAUCGGAACCAAUCGGAACCGAUUUGCGGCUCGAUGUCCCGGCUGCUGGAGAGCCGGAGGGAGAAGGACCGGAUGAAGGAGAGCAGCCUGAAGAUCAAGGAGAAGGAGCGGCUGAAGGAGACAAGAGAGCGGGAGGCGCGCUCCAGCAGCGGCCACCUGUUCACCUCGCUCAGCGUAUCGGCCACUACGCUCUGCUCCUCCUGCAACAAGAGCAUCACAGCCAAGGAGGCGCUCAGCUGCCCAGGUAACUGUGUGACCACCAGGAACAGUUGAACCUCAGUAACUCAGUAAUCUAACUGCCCCCAACCCCCAGUUCAGAAAAAUGUCCUCACUGUCCACAAGAACCUCAACUUGUGGGUGGAGGUGGUGAAGUUGGUUCUCUCUAUGCACUAUGGGCCAGUACACACUCAGCCAUUUUGUUGUUCAGUAAUGACAUCAGUUUUUCCACUCAUGAUGUCAUUACUGCACCAAAAUAUACACACAGCUGUUAUACUUCUGCUAAAGUGUGUGUCUGUGUUUUGGUUUUUCUCACGUUGUAAGACCCAUUUUUCUGUUGUGAGGACCCACUGCUCCUUAUGGGCCCCAAAGCCUGGGACCCAUAAGGAGAGCUACUGUUCUAGGGUCAGAGGUCAGGAUUAGGACUGAGGUGUGAGUUGAGUCAAUGCAAAGUCCUUAUGAAGAUAGAAAGGUGUGUGUCCAUAGUGCAUAGAGAGGACCAACUUCACUUUCAGAAUCAGAAUUUAAUGCACGACAUUUACAAAAAACAG